UCCCUCCGUCUCCUGAGUUUUGAUUGGUAGCAAGCAGCUUAUCCUCAUUAUCAAGGAUAAUCUUCUGGUCUUCCUCUAGUGUUGAAGGUGCGUGGCCCUAAAAUCGAACAUCUAAGGAAAGAUGUCUGAGAAUGAUCUAAAAAGGGUGAGGAAGUGCAAAGACAUUAUUAUUAACUGAAAUUCAACCAACAUUUAAUAAUAAUACACAAUAAUUCACUCAAUAUCUGAAAUGAAACUUUUUGUAGGUGUGGAGAUGUUUUGCAUCCUAUUAGCAAUACAAGUCAAGACAAUGUUAGGGUGUGUAAAGCAUGUUUUUUUUUUGCUGCGUUCGAAGUAUCACAACCAUUUAUCUUAUUAAAUAUAAAUGUUUAAUCUUACAUUUAAUCCUACUUUCUUUCACACUGAGAUUCAAGCCAACUCAAUUAAACAAACUCUGAACAAACACUGAACAUUUCCUGACUGGAAAUUCCCAAGAAGCCCCAGUUUAAAGGAGGAAGAGCUUAUGUAUAUAUAAAUCGAUAAGCCUGGACUUAUAUGAUCAUUCACAGCUCUCUUCUUUCUGCAAAGCUAUUAGAAGCACCAUCAUGGCUUGCAUUUUUGGAGAUAUUACAAAGAUCAGCACAACCGGAGCUUCAGAAGAAACAGCUAGACAAGAUAAACUCACUCUGAAAGGUGUGGAAGCCUCAUAUAAAAUGGCUGAGACUGAUCUAACGAGGAUUGACCAAUACAAGGCCAUCAUCCAGAAAGUCGGGAGAGCUAAGAAUAUGGACCCGGCUGUGAUCGCAGGCAUCAUAUCCAGAGAGACAAGGGGUGGAUUACAUCUUACGAAGGAGGGCUAUCAGAAAGAUGGCAAAGGUUUCGGACUAAUGCAGGUUGAUACAGGCUCCCAUCAAAAAAGUGGAGCAUGGAAUAGUGAGGAGCAUAUCGCCCAAGGCACAGAGAUUCUAAUUGGCUUCAUUAAAAAAAUUCAGAAAAAUUUCCCCGCCUGGCCCAAGGAGCACCAAUUUAAAGGAGGAAUUGCAGCCUACAACUUUGGCCCAGGAAAUGUCCGCACAUAUGAGCGCAUGGACGUUGGCACCGCAGGAAAUGAUUAUUCCAGUGAUGUGGUGGCCCGGUCUCAGUUCUUUAAACGCAAAGGUUACUGAGCAAUAUUUGUUUUCCAAUCCGGUACAUACCUAGCAUGUUUUUGACUGCAUAAGUGUAUGAGCUGUAUUUUUUAAAAUUAAGCUUCUACUUAAAAAGUGACAGAAUUACUUUUGUACU